AUGAAAAAUGAUAACGCAGUAGUUUACAGGAACAAUACUUGGAGCAUAUACAAUAACAAGUCCAAUGCCCCUGGGAAUAAAAAAAGAAGCCGAGUGGAAUACCUGACCCUCUUAGGGAAGGGACAACUGUUUGACGAAGCGGUAAACGAAAAUGAGAGUAAGCAAGGUGAAGUGACUGACAUGUACAUUUACACAGGCAAGGGAGUCGAGAAGGUGUCUAUAAACACAGGGGCGAAAGAGAAAACAAACGAAAUGCACAAAAAUAAGCGGUAUCAGUAUUUAAAGGAUAAAAUAACGAAUGCAUUAAAAAAUCAGGAAAUCGUAAAACAGAAUACCAGUGAGAAUGAAUUUCCAAGUGCUAACGAAAAUGAUCCCAAAGAUGUCUUCAUUUUUGAUAAGCUUAAAAAUGAAAUAAAUAUUUUAAGCACCAAAGAGCUAAAAGAAGAAGAGGAACUUAAAAGGGGAAUCGACAAUGCCACAGUGGAUACUCAUCCGUUGGAGGGGUUAUCGUUCCCUCAUACAGAUGGGCAUAAAACGGAAGAUAUUUUUCCUGCUACAGAUGUGCACGCAGAGGCAAUUGCUUCUGUCACUUCCAACCAUGUGGGCGAAAGUUCCGCAUAUGUAACAGAUAACGUGGGAAUUCUAUCUGGUCAAGGUGGAUACAACCAUCAUGAUCUAUAUAGAGAGGAUAAUGAACCUCUGUGCCAAAAAGAUGAAAGUGAACUCUUGAUCCAAUCGGAGGAGCGAGCCAACCUUGACGAUGAGAAGAAGGAAACUCCAAAUGAGGUGCAAACCGUAGAGGAAAACUCCACCAAACAGAAUGGUGAGUUCUUCAUCUAUACGGAAAAAUGUAGUGACAUCAGCAGCGAAACAGAGGAUGAUAUUUCUUCUGAGUCGGAAGUGGACGCCCCCAAAUGGGAAAGCCAACCGGAAAGGAGAAAUUUCAUGCCGGGUUUGAAGAAGAAAACAGGGGAAGUAAGAAGGAGGGAAAACUUCCAAAAAGGGAGGAUCGUGGAAAAGCGUAAAAACGGGAGACAGGUGAUGUGCAAAAGGGGGAUGUACGAAGGAGGAUCUGUAGAAAAUGGAUGGCAUGAAGAGGGUUGGUAUGAAAAGGAUUGGUAUGAAAAGGAUUGGUAUGAAAAGGAUUGGUAUGAAAAGGGUUGGCAUGAUAAGGGCCUGCAUGAGAAAGGAUGGCAUGGAAAAGGCCCCGCUGAGAACAGCUGCGGCGACGAUAGUCAAGGGGAAUACAGCCGGUACAAAAACGCAUACACAAAACAAGUACAAAGUACCCGUCGGCUCGGCGAAUUGCAUAAUGUGGAAAAAGAAAUGCACCACCUCAACGUGGAAAUCAACAAGGUAAAGGACAAAAUGAAAAUAAUCAACAACAAGAAAAACGGAAGAAUAAAUUUGUUGAAUAAAAAAAUUAAUAGUUUGAAAAGCAAACUGAGCGACACCUACGUCAAUAAUCUGAACGACGACAUAAAUAUUAUCAACAGUCAAAUCGAUAUUUUAUUUAUAAAAAAAAUUAGCAAAAUGUACAUGCAGAUAAAUUACUACGUGAAAAAUGUAAAUGAUCAGAUAGUGAAGAAUUUAUCAACCCAGAAAACUAUGGACAACCUGGAUGCGUCAGUAUACAGCCACUUACAAAGACAAAUAAGCAAUAUAAAAAUGCAGGUGAAUAAUUUACAUGACCAGUUGGACAGUCAUAUGUACCAGCAAAAAGGCAACAAAAUGUUUAACCAAAUGAAUAGCCAAAUUAACAACACCAGUAAUCAGAUUGGUCGACAUAUCAGUGGCCAACUGGAUUGUCAAAGAGUUGGACUCAUAACGAUGGACUCAAAAGUAAAAAUUCCAAAUGAGCAAUGGAGCUAUCAUAGAAACUCCAAAGGAUCAAUCGUCAUGGAAGAGGACAUAUCCCUCUCACACCAUGAAAGAAAAAUGCACAAAAAAACAGAUAUCGUUAAGAAGGAAGAUUACCUCUACAGAGAUAACCCCCUUUGUAAUAAUACCUAUAAGGAGCUGCAUCCACAAAUUAACUUCGGCAAUGCAGAUGAGGGAAGCGACGGAGAUGAGGAUGCAAACUAUUAUAACCACGUUAAUAAACACCACAAUGGAAGUCCUAUUAACGUGGAGGAAUAUCUAAUUGAAGGAAACUCUUAUUCUUCCGACGCCAGUUUUACAAAGUAUGGAAUCCAUGGGGGAAAAACAAUCCGAGGUAGAAGCAAAGGGUACAAUUCAAGUGAUAGCUGUAGAAGCAAAAAUUCAAAAAGGAGAAAAUAUAAAAAUCAUAAGGGACCAAUUUAUCAUCAGCAUGAAAGGAAGAAAAAAUUAAUUAACCUUUUUAAUCAUAAUAUAAAGUGGGGAACUGAUAAAUGUGGUAAUGGCAUGGACACGGUGAAGCCUCAAUGGGAGAUCUGCGCAGAUGGUGUGCGUAGCCGAUCUGGCGUUGAUACAAGUGAGCACACAGAUCUACGUAAUGAUGAAAAUCCAUUGGGAGGUCAAGCUGUAAGUUGCGGAAAGGAGGAUCGUUUUGUUCAAGACCAGGCACCGUCAGCGCAGUUUGGUGAUCAAGGUGGUAGAGUGGGUACAGUCCAAGCGACUGAAGUAGUCGACGUGGAAGAAGUGAUUCGAGGGAAGCACGUAAUGAACGUGGGAAACGUGUCGGAUGUGAUAAACGGGAUAGGACCAUCCGAAGUGGAGGAAACUGCUGACAAGAGACCAAACGCAGAGGAGGAGGCAUAUCGCCCUUUCAGCGACCAGAAGCUAAUGUAUUUGAAAAAAAAAUUGAUGCAGUUGAAUUUAUUUAAAAGGAAUCAAAAACGGAAAAAUGAAGAGGAUGGCCUAAACCAAUACGAGCUGAAAGCCGAUACUAGCGAACAAACGAACGAAAAGGAGAAAAGAAUGGCUCCUAUGGAAGUAGGCAAUGGGCCGGAUAAAGACAUCGAAUUAGUUUCUCACGCAGAGAAAGGGAGAACGUUAGAGAAUGAAGCACGAUCAAAGAAUGAAAGGGCCAAGUUCAUGCUUGUAGAGGAAAGGCAAGAAACGGAAGGUGGAAGCAGCGUCAAUGCCUAUGAUAGUUACAAUACAAUACACCACUGGGAACAGCCAUCUAGCCAAAACGACAGGAGAAGGAGAAGCUACCCCAACGGAAAUAUCAACAAUGCAAAUGAGUCCAGGGACUUCAUGUCGAUGUUUCAAAAACUGGUUCUUAAAGACGGCGAGAAUGGGCAAAGAGAACAUAAAGUGCAAAAUAGUUUACUCCACUUUUAUUGCAACACCGAUGAGGAUUAUGUAAAUGUAGCCAACGGCUCUUGCCUUGGUGAAAAGUCUACAUUACUUCCAGAUGGUAACCAGCGGAAUAUGGACGGAGGAGGAAAAAACGUAGAUAUGUUUAGGCAUUUUUUUUUCUUAAAAGACGAUAUGAAGGCCUCGGAAAAUAUAAAGGAAACUACUAGCAUGGAUAAUACAAGUAUUCAUCAAAACGGAGUAGGAGAAAGUAGAAACGGAUGGGGGGCACGCAGUAGCUAUGCCAGUGGAAGCCAAGUAACAAAUGAAAAUUGGUGGGACAGGAAAAAUGCGCAGAUCAUGAAUUCAUUUACCAUAGACCAAAUUUAUGACUACACGGUGGAUUAUUAUCACCAAAUGAGAAAAUCAAAGGAAGGGAAUGAUCCCAACACCUUCACCAACGUAUCAGAUAUGCUCAAUGAGAAAAAUAAAAUGGACCUUUAG